GCGGAAAGAGGAGAAGAAGAAGAAGAAGAAGAAGACACUGCUGGCUGGCUAACCGUCUUUGCUCUUUUCUAGUACUAGUGUUUCGAUAAUGGCUCCUUUAGAUCUCGAUAAAUACGUUGAAAUCGCCAAACACUGCAAAUACUUACCUGAAAACGACCUAAAGAGACUGUGUGAUUAUGUUUGCGACUUGCUGCUGGAAGAAUCAAAUGUCCAACCAGUUGCCACACCAGUAACAGUUUGUGGAGAUAUUCAUGGUCAGUUUUAUGAUCUCUGCGAGCUCUUCAGGACUGGAGGCCAAGUUCCAGACACAAACUAUAUAUUCAUGGGAGAUUUUGUAGACAGGGGAUAUUAUAGUUUGGAGACAUUUACAUACCUACUAGCUUUAAAAGCCAAGUGGCCUGAUCGCAUCACACUUCUAAGAGGAAACCAUGAAAGUAGACAGAUAACACAAGUGUAUGGCUUUUAUGAUGAAUGUCAAACAAAGUAUGGGAAUGCUAAUGCCUGGAGGUAUUGCACCAAAGUGUUCGACAUGCUGACUGUGGCAGCGCUGAUAAAUGAACAAGUCCUGUGUGUCCAUGGUGGUCUUUCACCCGACAUCAAGACUUUGGACCAAAUCCGAACCAUCGAACGCAACCAGGAGAUUCCUCACAAAGGAGCCUUUUGUGAUCUGGUGUGGUCGGACCCAGAGGAUGUGGACACCUGGGCUAUCAGUCCUCGAGGGGCCGGCUGGCUGUUUGGCUCCAAGGUCACUAAUGAGUUUGUUCACAUCAACAACCUGAAGCUCAUCUGCCGUGCACACCAGCUGGUCCACGAGGGUUACAAGUUUAUGUUCGACGAGAAGCUGGUGACGGUGUGGUCGGCGCCCAACUACUGCUACCGCUGCGGGAACAUCGCCUCCAUCAUGGUGUUCAAGGACGUCAACAGAAGAGAGCCCAAGCUGUUCCGGGCAGUUCCUGAUUCUGAGCGCGUCAUACCCCCCCGAACAACCACCCCAUAUUUCCUCUAAUGGGAACCCCCCCCCUUUACCUCUAAAACUUAUUUAUAUCCAUCAAAGUAAAAAUGACUCCAGCAGAGCAGUCGUGUCUCCUUCAGCAGAAAGUUUGUUCUGUUUUCACCAAACUCACUUUGUUCUGUGAAAGAUUUAACUCAUAAAAAACUGUCAACAUUUGUUUUUUUUAAGUUGGGGGGAGUCAAUUUUCACAGUUCUGUAUCCCACUGAGACAAAUGCACACUGAAGCGGUAAAUACCAGUAAAUCAGGCUGAAGUGAAGGUAGUAGCUAGAUUUAAUGGUUCCCCUCUAUAAGAAUGAUUUUUUGCCUUUUACACUAUUUCUGUUUUAGAUGGAUUGAAGUGUUGCUGGUGUUUGAACGCCUCAGACCCAGUCUGUACUGUAACAGCUGCUGAGCCCAUCCUGCUACAACCUGCCUUAACUGAUGAAUGACUGCUCUUUUUUACAUCUGUCUGAAACUGGUAUUUAAUUCAACCUUUUUUCGUCAGCGUGUCUUAAAUAUGAUGAAGUGUUGCCUGGACAGAGGCAUUUCUAAACAUGAUGGUUCAUUUAUCAGCAGGUUUUCACUGUGCCAACAAACAGCUCUGCACAUCAGUGGGAGCAGAAAGCUGUUUGGACACUGUUCCCUCUUUUAUUAUUUGAAUAAACUUUCAUUCAUUAA